AUGUUUACUAAAAACUAUCAAGAUCAUUUAUUCGGACCGGAUUGGAAGCUCCAAGAGGGAAGUGGCUUAAGACAUACAGCGCAUGAAGAAAGUACUACAACAAAACUCAGAGUGGUGUUUGACGCCUCCUGUAAAACGUCCUCAGGUCAAUCGCUGAAUGAUUUGUUGAUGGUGGGCCCUAAGAUCCAACAAGAGCUCAUGGAAAUUUUGAUUCGGUUCCAACAGCAUAAUUAUGUCUUGAUCGCAAACAUUUCUAAAAUGUUCCGUCAGAUCAAAAUAAACAAAAGGGAUAGAGCCCUGCAGAGAGUCCUCUGGUGUCUUAAACAACUAGCACUCGAUAACUCUCAAACGUAUCCAGGAGCAGCAGCGACUAUUCAGAAUGAUUUCUACAUGGACGACUUGAUUACAGGGAGUGAUUCUGUAUCACAUCUACGGCAGCUAAAACAAGACGUAGUGAAGAUUUUGGCCACGGCUCGACAGGAGCUCCGGAAAUGGAACUCUAACGUGUUGGAAUUAUUAUCAAACUCCGAAAACGAAAGGCCUCUUGCAUCCAAGGAGGAAGUGAAGACGUUGGGAAUUCAUUGGAACGCGCAGGAAGAUAUGUUCAAAUUUAAGGUGACAAUACCUAGAGAAGCUUGUAAGUCUAAACGGGGUAUCCUUUCCGUCAUUGCUCAAAUUUACGAUCCAUUGGGUCUCAUAGGGCCAGUCAUAGUAAAGGCCAAACUGUUCAUGAGAAGCCUGUGGAAAUUAAGCGUGAAUUGGGAUGACAAAUUACCAAGUGAAUUUAUGCUCGAGUGGAAUUCCUACAAGGAAAGACUGGAAGUUAUGGAAGAAAUACAGGUACCACGUCAAGUAGUAAUCAAGAACGCCAUCAAGGUGGAAAUGCAUGGAUUCUCGCCCAUGAAGAUUAUCUCAAUCCCAAGAUUGGAAUUAUGCAGUGCAGUACUACUGGCGAAUCUCACUAACAAAAUAAGGAGUGUUAUGACAUUCCCGAUAAGCAAGUAUGUCUAUUGGAGUGACUCUAGUAUUGUUAUCCAUUGGAUUCGAGGGCCAGUCAUAGUAAAGGCCAAACUAUUCAUGAGAAGCCUGUGGAAAUUAAGCGUGAAUUGGGAUGACAAAUUACCAAGUGAAUUUAUGCUCAAGUGGAAUUCCUACAAGGAAAGACUGGAAGUUAUCGAAGAAAUAAGCGCCCAUGAAGAUUAUCUCAACCCCAAGAUUGGAAUGAUGCAGUGCAGUACUACUGGCGAAACUCACUAA